UCUUCGAUUUUUUCUUGAUGAAACAAUACACAUGAAAUCCUUUUUGUCCAAAGAAAAACGUCACAAAACGGUAACAAAACUCGCGAGUAACAGAGGUGCAGCGAAUAGAAUCGAUCGCUCAACGGGUAUGCUAUACCUAUACCGAACCUCGCCCAGGCCGGCCAGGGUCGCUGCUCCGCUAGCUAGUAACCGCUCUCGAGCUCUCUGUACUGUCAGCUGGAUCUGAGAAGCCCCCCAGUUAUAGCGCCGCCACCGGCGGGCAGGUUUGCAACAUGAAGUCAAACUUCACCAUCAGCCUGUUUCUCCUUGCCGCCAUCGCAUGCCUGUCCCAAGGAUGCUGUCCUGAGAGGUUCAUGCAAGUCGGUAACCGGUGCUACUAUUUCAACUCCGACAAGGUGGAUUGGCACGAUGCACGUGAUGCAUGCCUAGAACUUGGGGCGCAUCUAGUCAGCAUCCACAGCUUUCAAGAGAGUGCACAGGUCUAUGCCUUAUGGAAGAGUCUCGCCGAUGACAGGUUCACUAGUAAUCUAUACGAGGCAUAUUGGAUUGGACUAAAUGACCAGCAAACUGAAGGCGUCUUCAAGUGGAGUGAUGGGACUCCUACGGACUACACCCUAUGGCAUGACGGCGAACCAAACAACAGCAGGGGAGAAGAUUGUGUGGCUGCCCUUAACGCAGGUAGCAAUGACCAGGACAGGCAGAAGUGGAAUGACUACCCAUGCGGACUAUUGAAGUCCUACUUCUGCCGCAUACCUCUCUAAAUCACUACCUAAUGUCCCCAUUGGUCAAAUCGGAGGUCCUAUUGUAUUACCCAUACAAAUCAUGCUUGGAUUAUAUCAUUACAAUGUUCGAUCAUUAGCAGGUGAUUAGCUGUCUAGGACCUUGUUUACGUUAAUUUCUCGAAACUGGUUGUGAUCGUGUUAAUAAUUUAUUUAAAUAACAAUUAUUAAAUGAAAGGAAGGUUAUUAUCAUGCAGCCAAUUUGGACAACAAAAUCAUAUUGAGUAUUUAGUAGCGCUAUAAACAAAAACAUAAAGUAGGCUUACCGUGUGCAUGCUACGUAGACCCACUAGAGGUCAGUGCGUUGACCC